AUGGAUCUCAGUGAAGUAUGCGGCACAUCGGGAGAUAUAAGAAUGGCGAUGGAAGAGUAUAAUACAUGUAUACAGAACACUGGCUUAUUACCAUUGCCUAUGCAAGGUGAAUGGUACACGUGGCACAACUAUAACACUAGUCCUCGUAACCUUUGGAAGAGGUUGGAUCGAAUUCUUACUAAUGAUACGUGGGUGUUGAGAUUCCCUACCUUAUUUUACUCGUGCCUCACCCCUCGCACGUCUGACCACUCGCCCAUGGUGAUUGCGGGAGAUUCGUAUAGACAAUGUGGAGGUAUGUUUUGGUUUGACAAUUAUCUUACUCUCUCACCCGCCUUUAUUCCUAGUGUGCAGAGAAUUUGGCAGCACAAAAUUGUUGUUACUCGAAAAUUAAAAGCAUUGAAGUCGGUAUUCAGUGAACAAAGGCGAAUGAAGGGAAACCUUUCUCAUAACGUUCAGCUUGCGAAGGGCUUCCUCGAGAUGGCGCAACUUAUGGUUAGCGUGAAUAGGAAGGAUGAGCUGCUACUAUUCUUGGAGCACUAUUGUCGGCUAGUGUAUGCAAAGGCUGCAAAAUUGGAACAAAAUAUGCUGAAACAAAGGGCUAAAUUGCAAUGGAUGAAGGGAGGGGACCAAUGUACACGUGUCUUCUUUCGAAGGAUUGCUCAAAGAAGGACUGCGAAGAGGAUUCUGCAAAUUAAUGAUGCCCACGGUACUACCCACAUGGAACCGGAUGCGGUGAUAAAUGAGUUUGUCACGUUCUUUCAGUCCCUAUUAGGUGGUGACCGACGCCGGGAGUUUCUUGACCUUCAGUAUUUACAGCCGUGGGCAAGGCAAUAG